UGGAGUGGCUAGCUCAUGAUGACUUGUUCUUCAGGUUACAUUCUCAAUUAAUACAAAUGACAGAAAAAGGCAGUAGCUACUCUUUAUUAUGUCUAUGUCACCAACAUUUGAAAUCAGAACAAAAAGUUCUCGGGGUUACACUGUCGGAACUUAACAGCGUAACAUUCGGCGGAAGUAAACAAUAGAAGUGCUACUUGCGUUAGCUGCCUACGUGAAUCAACGGGAAGAAGAUAUUUGCGCAGGGUGGAUAUUUUUCCAGUUUCAAACAAUGUCUUCAGUUGAGUAUUUGAGACAGUUUGUCAUCGAGCGACUAACUGCUGCUGCUGAAGAAAUAUUCGGAGUUUUUAACAAAACUAUCGUCGAGUAUGAAGAGGAAGUCGAUCGUCAGCGCAGGCUGCUGGCUGUAGUGUGGAAACCCGAGAUAAAGUUACACAGGAUAGAGCUCCCACAGCAACAUGUCUGUAAGGAGGAGGAGCUUCUCACUGAGCAGCAGCUCUGUAACCAGGAGAGGAGCUCCGCUGUGGACCAAGAGGACCCAGAGCCUCCACAGAUUAAAGAGGAAGAGGAGGAACUCUGCACCAAUCAGGAGGGAGAGCAGCUUGUACUGAAGCAGGAGACUGAAUCCUUUAUGUUGACUCCUGCUUAUGAGGAAAAUGAGCAAAGUGAAGAUCAGAAUGUGUACUUGAAUCCUGAUGAAACUGAAAAUGCAGCACAGAGUGAGUGUGUAGUAAACAUGUCAGUUUCAAGCUCUGUGGUAUCAGAAGCAAACAGUGACGUGAAGCUGCUCUGCAACAACUCUGAUGCAGCUGAGAGUCGAGAUCAGAACGGAGGCAAACAUGAAGACUCACAACAGCACAAACGGAAAAGUCAUAAGAAUGUACACAACCCCAGCACGUUAAAAACUCACAGCAGUUCUGAGGCAGGUAAAAAGGCUUUUAUAUGUGACUAUUGUGGAAAAGAUUUUAAGUACAAGUCAGUAUUUCAGGCACACCUGAGAAUCCACACAGGUGAGAAGCCAUUUUCUUGCAGCAGUUGUGGACAAAGAUUCAGGCGUACAUCAGAGCUGAACGUUCAUUUGAAAAUCCACACAGGUGAGAAGCCGUACGUAUGCAAAACAUGUGGGAAAGGUUUUACACAGAGUAGCACCUUGUCAUGCCACAUGAAAGUGCACACAUGUAAGAAGCCGUACGUUUGCAAAACAUGUGGGAAAGGUUUUAGACUGAGUAGUAAGUUGUCAGUUCACAUGAGACUCCACACAGGUGAGAAGCCAUACGUUUGCAAAACAUGUGGGAAAGAUUUUUGUCGGAAGAGUUCCUUGUCAGUGCACAUGAGAAUCCACACAGGUGAGAAGCCAUAUGUUUGCAAAGCAUGUGGGAAAGGUUUUACCAAGAGUGGUUACUUGUCAUGGCACAUGAGAGUCCACACAGGUGAGAAGUCAUAUGUUUGCAAAACAUGUGGGAAAUGUUUUGAUCGAAAGAUGUCCUUGUCAAUUCACAUGAGAUUACACACAGGUGAGAGGCCGUACGUAUGCGAAACAUGUGGGAAAGGUUUUACGCAGAGUCGUACCAUGAUGCUGCACAUGAGAAUUCACACAGGUGAGAAGCCGUACGUUUGCAAAACCUGUGGGAAACCUUUUAGACUGAGUAGUAAGUUGUCAGUGCACAUGAGAAUCCACAGGGGUGAGAAGCCGUACGUUUGCAUAACAUGUGGGAAACCUUUUAGUCAGAAGAGAUCCUGUGUGGAGCACAUGAGAAUCCACACAGGUGAGAUGCCGUACUGUUGCAAAACCUGUGGGAAAUGCUUCAGACGGCGUUGGGACUUGUCACUUCACGUAAGAAAAAUCCACACUGAAGAGAAGCCGCCUCAGGAGAGGGAAGCAGUGCCCUGCUAAUACUGUCUACAGUAGGAGUGAGGAGCUGCUGACUUCGACUGAUGAGAAGCCGUAACUUUGUAAGAUGUUGUUUUCUUACAUACUUUAAUGUGUUUGAAUUGGCAAGGCAUAGAAGAUCACAUUCAGGCACGUGGUGUUGUAUUUGCAAAUUGUAUGGGAAAUGAUUCAGUUUUUGUGCUUCAUGGUCAAAACACAAGAAACACAUCGGAAACCUGGUAGUGAAGGCGAAGUCUUUCUUCUUGUCCUGAAGGCAGUGUUGUUGUUGAAGUGGAAGUUCAUUCACAUUUAACUCUCGUGUGUUUUAUUAUUAGUAUUGUUGGUGGGGGUAUUUCAUUCUUUGUAUUUUGAUUGCUUGUUUUCUGUUUGUUUGUCUUUUCAGUCUAUAUGUUUAUUGUUACCAUCAGUGCCAAGGUGCCAUCAGUUGUAAUCUCCAAAAUUGUUAGUUUGAAUGCACAGAAGUGGCUGUAACAGUAAUAAAUUGUGUGAUCACGA